CAACCGAAAAAGAGAGGGACGGUAAAGAGAAAUGAUUGUGGCGCGUUGGCCAACCGUGGCUCGUCCAUUCUAUCCUCCCUCGCCAAAAUUUUCCAGGGAUUGUAAUAAACAACCAACUGCUCCGUUGUUAUCUCCAAAUAGUGCUUUCUGUUUCUCCAAAUUCAACUUUAAAUUUAGCUCCAAGGCCUCACUCAAGUGCUGUUGCAUCAAAAGUGAAAUAAAAGAACAACCAAUUAAGGGCUUUUCUGUGUUGUCAUCAGAUAUUCCAUGGGAGAGUGACAGUUUAUGGGUCACUAUGGCUAUUUAUUUGCUCAAUUUACAUAUUCCUUUGGGUUAUGGAGGCUUGUCUAUUGCUUCGUAUGUAUUGAAUCAACCUGUUCUUGCGCCGCGGACUCAAGCUCUUUCCUUGCUUGUUUUCCAGACCUUAGAACUUAUUGGAGCUAUGUUCUUACUAAGCAGGACCAUUAAGCCGCAGUAUGAUCUUUUAACUUUGUUCAAAGUUAAAAAGUUAUCAGAAGAGCGGAACUGGUUACUGGCAUCUGCACUGGGUAUUGGAUUUCUUAUUCUGUUGGUUUUCUCUACAUUGUUCGUUGCUGACAGAUUGUUUGGCGUAAAGGCUGACAGCAAUUACAUAAUGAAGGAGAUUCUUCUAAGCAGCAACAUAUCAAAAACUGCUAGUGUCCUUGUUACUUGCAUCAUCACUCCCGUAAUGGAAGAAGCUGUUUACAGAGGGUUUUUAUUAACAUCUCUUGCCACCACAUUUAACUGGGAACAAGCAGUCGUCAUAAGCUCAGCCAUCUUUAGUGCAGCUCACUUUUCCAUGGACGAUUUUCUGCAACUAUUCAUCAUUGGGUGUGUGCUUGGAUGCUCUUAUUGUUGGUCUGGUAACUUACGAUCUUCCAUUGUUAUACAUUCCUUGUACAAUGCCUUGAUACUAAUACUUACCUUUUAUUCUUAAAUUUUAUAUCAAGCCAUUGUCUUCAAGAAUAUUUCUCAUAAGUUGAUGUUGUUUCAACUUUAAGAAAAAGAAAAAUUAUAUGUGAAUGGAACUGUAGAAUUAUAUUACUAGUA